AAAAUCAAUCCAAACCCUACGACAGUGCACCGUCAACACCCCCAAUCAAUCAUGUGACAUGACCUCUUUCCUUUCCCCCACACACAUUUUCCCUCCAACUGAGUACUGGAGUGUGAAAAACAAUUGUGUCCUCUCUCCGAUGAAACCCUAAUGGACGAAACCACCACCGCAACCACCACCACCACCACCACCGUCACCACUACUACCAAUCCAAUUCUCAAAGACACCACCACUCUCUGCGAAACCCUCUUCAAUCAACUCAACGCCAAGUUCGAAGAAUUCUUCUCCCAUCUCCCUCUACACCAUCAUGAGAAUCUCUCUGGGCCCCUUCCGCCUCCGGAUUCACGGUUGUCUCCACUUGUUGAACAUCUUUCUCUCAUACUUCGCCGCUCUCUGGUUGUUCUGACACUUCCCUUUUCCGACCAGGAAUUCCUCAUCAACAAAUGCCGCUUCAUUCUCAGCAUUCUCAAAUCCUUACUCUCCGCCGAUAUCACUCAACUCAGCGAUGGAACUACCGUUCUGCUACUUCGCAAUUUUCUCUCUCAUGUUCAAUUCCAACUUUCUGAUUCUUACCGUCCCUUUCUCUGUACCGUGCUUGAGGUUUUUGCAGAUGAACUUUUAAGACAUCAAUCAUUGAGAAUGCAUCUUAUGAUGGCUGAUUUAGCAGCAUCUUCCAACAGUGAAAAGAUGUUUGUGUGCCGAUCCACCCAUUGUGAUAUUGCUAGUGUCCUGGAGGUGAUAUCCGCGCAUUUUAUCCUGUCAGUCUCUAAUGAGAAAGCAUUUGAGAAUUUCAUCAGCAGAUUAUGUUUACAUUGCGACAAAGAUUUUAGAUUUCCUCAACUUGGACUUGAACCUGCCAUGGCAUUGCUGCUUGAUCCUAUUGUAUAUUCUGCACCAAAGAUAUUCCAGGCACAUGUAAUUUCAUUGGUUUAUGAAGUUAUUGGCUCUAGCUUAUCUUCUGAGAAUUUGUCUCAAGAUGUGGGCUUCUACUUAAUGGCAUUUCACAAAUCUGUCAGCUUGUACUCUAUUCAUGUGGCUAGCUUGCAUAUGGAUGGUUUUUACAUCGAACCGAAUUGUGACUAUGAUGUAUCCCUGUUCAAGAAAGGUCAUCCAACUUUUGAAUCGUAUAUUCAGGAAAGAACAAGUAACAGAUUAAAUCAAGUCUUAUCAAAAUCAAAUAAUUCAUUGGACUCUUCUCAGUGCAAAAUGUCAUCCAAAACAAAAGCCGAUCUUUUGGCUGAAUACAUCAAAUAUAUGAAAGGGAGGCAGUACAUAUUUGCUGAUUCAUGCCGGGAUAAGGCUACCUCAUUCUUACAUUACAUAAUCCAUCGAACUUUCUCUCAAGAUGCAGCUGGAGAUGUAUUGUAUGUAAAGCAAAAUACUAGUGCUGAAGACAUUUCUCUUCUUGCGUCCAUAUUGAAGUUAAUGAGUGUUUCGCUGUUACUUGCAAUCAAGUGUCUAAGUAACAGUGGUGUUUCACGUUGUCUGAAAACAAUGGGAAGUUCCUCUGUGUGUGAUGAAUAUGAUUUCUUGAUCAGCAUCAUCAACCCUUUUCAACAACUUCAAUUUUGUUUACCCAUUCAGACUUCACUGUAUGAUAUGAUGAAAAAUCCGCAGUCAAACUACAAAGUCUCCAAGUCAAUGCUUGUGCACUUUUCAGGCUUGCUAUCUUUAAGUUUUUACAAUGGUUUUGAUGUGUUAGCAAGGGGGUGUAUAUCUGUAAUGAUCUCACUGAUGUCUAUGUUUAUUUUUGAAGAGGGAGAUUUAGUUGAUUUAGGGUCACUCAGGGGUCUGCCAUUGCAAUCUUGCUCAUCUGAGAUUUCGUUCUAUAAGAGUGGAGAGGGGGCCAGGAAAAAAUCAAGUGUAUAUAAAAUUGCAGCAGAGUUUAAUAGAAUUCGAACACGUAAUUUAAGAAAGGGUUGCAUAGUAGCAGAUGGAUCUGAGGAGAUCUGUAACGGGGAACUGUAUCUUGAUUGCACAUUAUCAAAAAAUGUACCUGAUUAUGAUGAACUUGCAGACUUCAUUGUGUGUAGGGAGGAGAAAGAUUAUUCCAGCUGGUUGAAUAAACGGCAAAUAUACAGAAGGCAGAAGUUUCAUAAAAUAAGAGGCUCAAAGAAGUUUAAGAAGGAAGGAGUGUGGAAGUCUUUGAGAUUGAGAAAAUUAGUAAGAUUUUGAAGCGAGGUGAUACGAUGGAUGUGAUUUACGAUCUGUCCAAUGUAUGUAUAGAUGUUAACAUACUAGUAUAACCAUUAGGUUCAAAUAUUUCCCCUUUUUGUUCCAUACAGAAGUACAGAACAUACACUAAUUCUUCCACUGUAUAUGAGAAGUGUCAUAGAGUUGAAAUAUUUAUAUUUAACUUAA